CAAACACCUAAAAACAAAAAACGAGAUGGAAAAACAAGUACAAGACCUUACGUUAGAAGAAAAAAAGCAAGUCGCUAAGGAUGUAAUCCUUGGAGAAGACGGCCAGCCAUUGUCCAAGAAGGCUUUGAAGAAGCUAGAGAAGGAGCGUGAAAAGGAGCAAAAGAGAAUAGAAAGAGAAGCUCGUGAAACUGAAGAAAAGGCUAAGCGUGAAGCUUCUGAAGUCGAUUAUUCUGAAGGACGCUAUGGUGUUUUACCAUUAAACCGUUCUACCUCUCGUGAAAACCGUACAUACACGGAUAUCAAAGAUAUUUCUGCUGCAAAGGAUGGUCAAAAAGUCUUGGUUCGUGCUAGAGUAUACACUUCUCGUCUUCAAGGCAACAAGAUGUGUUUCUUUUCUUUGCGUCAACAGUACAACACUAUUCAAGCUUUGGUUGUCGUCGAUAAAGACACCAUUAGCAAACCCAUGGUCAAGUGGUGUGGCAGCAUCGGAUUAGAGUCCAUCGUUAUGGUUGAAGGUACUGUCCAAAAGAGCCCCGAAGUUAUCAAGAGUGCCACUGUUCAAGAUGCAGAAAUUCAUGUUUCCAAUGUUUAUGUCGUUUCUCCUGUCAAAAAGCACCUUCCUUUCCUUGUCGAAGAUGCCGAUCGCUCAGAAGAACAAAUUCGGGAAUCUGAAGAAAAUGCAAAAGAAGGUGAUUCCAAGUUCGUUCGAGUUUUGCUCGACACUCGUCUCGAUAACCGUGUCUUGGAUCUUCGUACUCCUACUAACCAAGCUAUCUUUGACAUUCAAUCCGGUAUCUGCGACGCUUUUCGUGAGCAUUUAUUGGCUAAUUCCUUCAAUGAAAUUCACACACCUAAAAUGACUGGUGCCUCUAGUGAAGGUGGUGCAAAUGUGUUCAAAAUCUCUUACUUCAAAGGUGCAGGAUACCUUUCUCAAUCUCCUCAACUUUACAAGCAAAUGCUCAUUGCCGCUGACCGUGAGCGUGUUUUCGAGGUUGGACCUGUAUUCCGUGCUGAAGAAUCCAACACUUACCGUCACAUGACUGAAUUUACUGGUCUUGAUCUUGAGAUGGCUUUUUAUGAGCAUUAUCACGAAGUUGUUGAAUUUUUGGAAAAUCUUUUCUUGCAUAUUUUCAAGACACUUAAAGAGAAGUACAGCUCUCAAAUUGCUCUUAUUCGCAACAUGUAUUCUUCAGAAGACUUUGUCCUUCCUGUUGGUUCCGAACGUGUCCGCUUUCAUUUCAAGGAAGCUGUUCAACUCCUUCGUGAAGCUGGCUAUCGUAAGCAGCUCACCCCCGGCCAAGAGCCUCCUAAGGAUGAAGAAUUCCGUUACUGUGAGGAUCCUGAAUUUGAAGAUUUUAGCACCCCCGAGGAACGUGUUCUAGGAGCUAUUGUCCGUGAAAAGUAUAACACUGAUUUCUAUGUCAUUGACAAAUACCCAAGCAGUGCUCGUCCCUUUUAUACCAUGCCUGAUCCUGAAGACCCUCGUUAUUCUAAUAGUUAUGACUUUUUCAUGAAGGGUCAAGAAAUCAUGUCUGGUGCUCAGCGUAUCCAUGAUCCUGAAUUGUUGACUGAAAGAAUGAAAUCGCUUGGUAUUGCUCCGGAUGCUGGUCUUCAAGCUUAUAUUGAUUCUUUCGCUUUGGGAUGCCCUCCUCAUGCAGGUGGUGGUAUCGGUUUGGAACGAGUUUUGAUGUUCUUCCUUAAUCUCCCUAACAUUCGUUUGGCAAGUGCUUUCCCUCGUGAUCCCAAGCGUCUCCUUCCUUAAAAGUUCAUUUCGUUUUUCAUUAAGUUAGUAUAGUCAUUUGACAAAUGGAAUUGGAUUAAAGCUAAAUGUACGCUCCAGUAAUUGCUUAUGACAAUCAUAUAUAUAAUUUCUAGUACUAAAACUUUUUUAUAACUUGC